AAAACAGAAAACACAGGAUGAGGAUGGGAAAGGUUCCCUUCUUUAUAACAGAAACAGGCCAACGGCUGGUUUUCUACGGGGCAUCCACCCUCGCCGUGGGCCUGUUCGCUGGACACUACAUGCCGCACACAAUAUGCAUUUCGUACCUUAAAGAAUUCGUUCAAUCCUACAAAAAUGGCGAGGAAAGACAACUACCGGAAAAGCUGGAGCAACGAUUCAAGCGUGCCCUCAGCCACCUCGAUUUGACCGAGUUCGAGCGAAAGUUUAUCAAACCAUUCGUCGUUAGCGGGUUCGAUGUGUUCAACGCCGGAUCAUUCAAGUCGCGGUUCGGAGCGUACGUGGGCAUUCCGGUAAACUACGAGUACGACAGUGUGGAGGAAAUCAAUCGCAAAGAUAUCCAGAUUCGCGGGCAGCCAAUCAACUGGAGCUCGGAGGGUGGCAAAACCCUCGAACAGGCUCUCGUUCUGAGCGAAGAUGAGCAGGUUUUCGGUAUCACCCGUGAAAUACUCAUGAUGAGAACGCACAAAGUUCUGAUACAGUCGGUGAUACCAACGGUGUCCUGGAUAUUCACGUACAGCCUGGGAUCGCAGCUGAACGAGCGGUGCAACUUCUACGCCCGGCCACGCAGCCUGCGCCUCAUACUGUACACCAUUUGUGGACUGUUCGGGUUCGGUCUGUACUCGUUUUCGACCGACGUGACGGAGGUGUACUACGAAACGGACGUGGACAAGCAGAUGGCCAAACUCGGGCCGGACCUGAUCGACGCCGGUGUGCGGUUCUACGAUAAAAUGCUGAAGAAAAACGUUUCCAUCCGCCAGCUUACCGGGGAUGACUAUUACACCGCCAAGGGCAACGUAAACUAUCUGAUUCGUCAGAAGGCGGCCCCGUUGACGCUGAGGAAAGAGUUUUUCCAAUCCGGCUACAAGGAUUUCAUCGGCACCGAGGAAAUCAGUUAAAUGCAUUUGAAGAAACCGGUAGCUGAGCAUUUUUGGAGACCGCAAAUAAAGGAUGAAAGGUUGUU